AGGGGCCGCGCCUCAGCCCCGUCCAGCGCCUCAGCCCCACCGCGCGCAGCCCUCCCCGUCCCACGCCAGCAGCGGCCCCGGCUUCCAAUUCACCAACUACGCUCCUUACGCUUCUCUCUCACAGCAGCAACCGUCAAACGCGUGGUCGGUAGAGACUUAAAUCAGAGAAGACAAUUCAGCUGAUGAACAGACAUUAAUCCUGAUGACCAUAAAACAUUUCUGCCUCUUUCAUAGCUUCCUAACAAUGAACGUAUGCUAAAGUAGCUCUUCUGGGACAUAGAACACCGUUAAAAGUCGGUAGUAGUCCUUUUGGUACAUCAUCUGUCCAGUCACCACAUACAGUCAUUUUGGAGUAUUUUUAGGGAGAGGGAGAAUCCUUCCCAGGAAAAUUCAGGAUGGCACAUGCUCGUAUAUCAGCCAACCUCCCCCCUAAUAUAGAUCCUAUGAAAGCUCCUAUUGCUUUUGGAAGGAGGGGCCUUCCUAAACUGAAUGAGGAGUUGCAGUCUCCUGAGCUGCUGACUCAGCAGCGGGCACUGAUGGCGCUCUGUGAUAUGGUCCAUGACCCACAAAAUGUCUACCAGGCACUAGAAUUAGGAGUUUUGAAUAAUCUGAAGACUUUGCUGGUACAUCAGGUCAGUACUGUCCGACAAAAAACAACAGAAAUCCUUCAUAUAAUGACAACACAUAAUGUUGGCAGGCAUGGGCUGAUACAAAAUGGAGUGAUUUCUGCCCUCGCUGAGCUCUUGGAUGAUCCAGUAGAUAUCUGUCGGAAGAACACACAUCUCGUUUUUGAGUAUAUGUCAAAAUUAUCUGAAGGCGCUGUUGGCAUACUGCAUGCCGGUUUGAUUCCCCUACUUGUAUCCAAACUGAAGAACGAGUUGGAGGAAAUCCAGGAGCUAAUCCUUGGUACACUCUCCAACUGUCUGCGUGUGGAGGCUUCUGAAGCUCUAGCAGCUGAUGUUAUCACUGUCCUGAAGGAAAAGCUCACACACUCAUCAGUGGCCACCAGAAGCAAAGCAGCUUGGGUCCUCUUAGAAAUCAGUACUCAUCCAGAAGGGAAAAAUGAGGUGUGUGAAGAAGUUAUUCCUGUGCUGGUGAGCCUGCUUGAAGAUUCAGAUCCUGAAGUCCAAGCCAGUGCAACAGGAGCACUGAUGUUUGCUACUAUCAAACCUCAGGGGCGAUUCUCAGCCCUAGGGGCUGGAGCCAUCCCACCUUUGCUGGAGCUGGCUGCUGAGGAAGGUGGCAAAGCCCGGCUGAGUGCCAUCAAAGCCCUCACCAUGCUGGCUGAGCUACCAAAGGGGCGCCAGACUCUCCUCAACCAUUUAGAUACGUUUCAGCAGUGUCUGAAGGAUCCCAGCAAGGCAGUGGAAAGAGCUGCCAAAAUUGCCAUCAGUGUCAUCCAGUGGAAACCUUACUGAAGAUGUGAAGUUUCCUAGAGAUCUGUUGCCCUCUGUUGUUGUCUGGCUGUAAAAGUUGCAUGAUUAAAUAAGCCCUUCCUUCAAAA